GUGUAUGUUGUGAGUGUGUGUGUAGGAGGCGGGUCCGCGCGCAGAGUGUGUGUGGCAGCAGCCUGAUAACACUCUGUCACUCCGUGUCACUCUGUCACUCUGUCACUCUCUCUAAGCUGCUCACUCUUCUCUCCAUCAUGGACCUGGACCCGGCCGUCCUCAUUCCCGCCAUCCUCUUCACCGUGGUCGCCAUUUAUUUCGCUUCGUCCCUCCUGAGCAAGAAGCCCGACGCCUCCUCCUCCUCAGCCGGGAGCAAGAAGCCCAAAGUCGGCUACGGAGAUGACGUCCCUCCGUCCAGAGCUCUGGGAGAAUCUCUCCGAGCCGCGCCUGAAGCCUCCCCGCGGACAGAGCCUCCUGCUCCGCCUGUGGAGAACAUCGGAGCCGCUGAGAAGAUCCAGAAGUCAGAGGAGAAGGCUGUCCGAGCACCAGAACCAGUAAAAGAACCAGAACCUGUAAAGGAGGCAGAACCAGUAAAAGAACCAGAACCUGUUAAAGAACCAGAACCUGUAAAGGAGGCAGAACCUGUCCCAGAACCAGUAAAAGUACCAGAACCUGUCCCUGAACCAGCAAAAGAACCAGAACCUGUUCCAGAACCAGUCACAGUAACAGAGACUGUACCAGAACCAGCUGCAGCACAAGAAGUAGCUGCAAUACCAGAACCUAUCCCAGAGCCAGAGCCUGUACCAGAACCAGUAUCAGUACCUGAAUCUGUCCCAGAACCACCUGCAGUCCCAGAACCAGUAUUGGAAGCCGAACCUGUCCCAGAACCAGUAUCAGUGCUUGAACCUGUCCCAGAACCAGUAUCUGUACCUGAACCUGUCCCAGAACCAGUGACAGUUCCUGAACCUGUCCCAGAACCAGUAUCUGUACCUGAACCUGUCCCAGAACCAGCAUCAGAGCCUGAACUUGUCCCAGAACCAGUGACAGUUCCUGAACCUAUCCCAGAACCAGUGUCAGUUCCCGAACCUGUCCCAGAAGCUGAUCCAGAACCUGUGGUCGAGUCUGAACCGGUACCUGAAGCAGUGGAGCAGGCUGUGGCUAAACCUGAACCUGUGGUGGAGUCCAUACCUGAGCUGAUCCCUGGAUCUACUGAAGACCGCCUGCCGACCCCUGAACCCGUUGUAGAGGCACCAUCUGAGCCUGAACCAGAACCUGAACCAGAGACUGUCCUGAACAAUGACGUGGCUGCAGCUGAAGAUAAAGUGAAGUUCACUCCGGGGAAGAAACAGAGCAAGUUUGAGACGCUGAUGACCAAGGAGGAGAUCGAGGAGGAGCAGAGGAUAGAGCUUACGUCUGAUUUUACUUCUCUAUAAUCCGCCGAGCACACACACACACAGUGUGUUAGGAAGGACAUGAGUUCCUGAAUGAUCCACGAGAGACGUCUUUGUUUUCUUCCAGCCGACGCGUGAAGACGAUAAACGAUGAUGAAGAAUCGAUCUAUGCAGUUUGUCUGAAGUUCAACUCUUUCUUUGAUUUCACCUCUUUCAGUUUUUAGCUGCUUGUGAACACAAACGUCUUUCCACCAAAAGUGCCUUCAGGUCUGCUUUUAGUUCCCGAACACGAGAUGACGAGACGAUGGUGUGAUUUAUUUUCUUAAAACUAUUAAACUGUGAUUUAAGUUUAGCCUGAGUUUAGUCUAGUCUGAGUUUAAACCGUAACCUAACUUUAAGAUACAAGUCGACUUAAUGAAACCGCAGAAGUUAACGUGUCCGUCACGUGUUCGAGGUUUUCACUUCUUGUUUGGUUUAAAUGUUAAAAAUGAAAUAAAAGUGUGAAACCGUGA